GGGGAGUCCGCGGGCGCUUCGCCUCUUCGCUCUUCUCCUUCCUUCCUCUUCUCGCUCUUGGCCGCUCUGCCUCAGACCUCAGGUCUGGAGACAGACGGGGCGGAGCGCCUUCCGGCCCAGGUACUCAUUAAUGAGUGAAGGAUCAAAAGGUGGGACGGUGGCCAAGAAGCAAUGGAGAAUAAAAGUUUAGAAGGUUCCCCGUCAGAUCUAAAGUUAGUGGCUCACCCAAGAGCAAAGAGUAAAGUGUGGAAGUACUUUGGGUUUGAUACCAAUGCGGAAGGAUGCAUAUUACAGUGGAAGAAAAUCUACUGCCGUAUUUGCAUGGCACAGAUCGCCUAUUCGGGAAACACUUCCAACCUUUCCUACCACCUCGAGAAAAACCACCCCGACGAAUUCUGUGAAUUUGUGAAAAGUAACACCGAGCAAAUGAGGGAGGCCUUUGCAACUGCAUUUUCAAAAAUCAAGCCAGAAUCAUCGCAGCAGGUUGUUCAAGAUAGUCUCAUCAUGAAGACUUACCAGAACUACGAAAACAAAAAGCAUCAGGAGCUGACGUCUGCAGUCAUCAGCUUGAUCUGUGAGGGCAUGUAUCCUGCUUCUAUUGUCGACGAACCCACUUUCAAGGCUCUCUUGAGAACAGCUGAUCCCAGGUAUGAACUUCCUAGCCGGAAGUAUUUCUGUACGAAAGCUAUUCCUGAAAAAUACAACACCAUUAGAGAGAUCGUGUUAAAAGAGCUCACUGACGUCCUGUGGUGUGGCAUAUCCACAGACAUGUGGAGGAGUGAAAACCAGAACAGGUCGUACGUAACUGUCGCAGUUCACUUUCUCAGCAGUAGUCAUUCCAACUGCCUGGUGGUCAACUCACGUUGCUUAAAAACGUUUGAAGUACCAGAGGAUAAUACUGCAGAGACUAUUACACGAGUCCUUUAUGAAACAUUCAUCGAAUGGGGGAUCAAUACAAAAGUCUUUGGUGCUACCACAGACUACAGCAAAGACAUUGUGAAAGCUUGCUCUCUCCUCGAUAUUCCAGUGCAGAUGCCUUGCUUGGGGCACACUUUCAAUGCCGGAAUACAACAAGCUUUUCAGCUCCCAAAGCUCUGCAGCCUUCUUGCCAGGUGCCGAAAACUGGUGGAGUAUUUUCAGCAGUCUACGGUAGCAAUGUAUAUGCUGAGUGAGAAGCAGAAGCAGCAGAAUAUUCUGCACUGCAUGCUGGUGAGCGAUCGCGUUUCCUGGUGGGGCAGCACACUGGCCAUGUUGCAGCGCCUCAAGGAGCAGCAGUUCGUCAUCGCUGCCGUCCUCGUGGAGGACAGCAACAACCACCACCUCAUGCUGGAAGCCAGCGAGUGGAAUACAAUCGAAGGGCUGGUGGAGCUGCUGCAGCCUUUCAAACAGGUCGCAGAGAUGAUGUCUGCUUCCAAGUACCCGACAAUAAGUAUGGUGAAGCCCCUUCUCCACAUGCUUCUCAACACUACCCUGAACAUCAAAGAGAACGAUUUGAAAGAAAUCAGCAUGGCGAAGGAGGUAAUAGCUAAGGAGCUGUCAACUACCUACCAGCACACCCCAGAAAUAGACAUGUUCCUCAAUGUUGCCACUUUCCUGGAUCCUCGCUACAAAAAACUGCCUUUUCUUUCAGCCUUUGAGAGGCAGCAGGUGGAAAACAGAGUGGUGGAAGAAGCAAAAAGCCUGCUGGAGAAAGUCAAAGAAAACACUUUUCGGACUGAGGAAAAGUUCUUCACGGUUUCGGAAGAACCUCCAGUGAAAAAAAUAAUCAUCUCCUCCACUCCUCCUCCUACUAGCGUGAUCAACAACAUGCUUGCAGAGAUCUUCUGCCAGACGGGAGGUGUGGAGGACCAAGAGGAGUGGCACGCUCAGAUUGUUGAGGAAUUGAGCAACUUUAAGUCUCAAAAAGUGCUUGGGUUGAACGAAGACCCACUAAAGUGGUGGUCUGACAGACUAGCACUGUUUCCAGUUUUACCAAAGGUUCUUCAAAAAUACUGGUGUAUUUUGGCCACAAGGGUCUUUCCCGAACGCCUUUUUGGUUCUUCUGCUAACGUUGUCAGUGCAAAGAGAAACCGGUUGGCCCCAGCGCAUGUGGACGAGCAGAUCUUUUUGUAUGAAAACACUCGGAAUGGGUCGGAGGCAGAACCAGAAGAUGAAGAUGAAGGAGAGUGGGGUUUGGAACAGGAACAGAUUUUUAAUUUAAAUGACUCGGUAAAUGUAAACAACAAUUUCUUUAAUAUCCGAGACAGUGGGUUUGUUUAACAGGACUUCUGCAGUACGUUUAAUAACAAAUAGAAAGGUAUUUGUCAUAAGUUACCAAAAAUACUUGUUUAUGCUAUGAAUGCUGUAAAUAUUGAACAGUUGUCUCAAAUUUGAUAGCUUCCAUUGUCUGUGUUUUUCCCACUGUCUUAAAACAUGAAUGACUUGUGAUUAAACAGCACUGAAAUGAACGAGGAAAUAAAUUCUACAAAGACCAUGAUUUCUGACUGUGGCCCAGAUCUCAGAGAACACUUAGCCUUGUGCUUCCCUUCCGCUUACUUCACUGGAAGAGGAAUACAUGUUCAUGUGCUUUCUAUAAUGAAAAUAUUUAUCCUGAGUUAGGACCCUAAGCAAGGGAAUUUUUAAGAUUUAUGCCUCUCAUUAUAAAUCCCAUGAGACUUAGGGUGUUAGCUUUAAAUUUUGGAUUUUAAAAUGUUAUUUUUAAAUUCCAUAAAUCGGAGCAGCCAGGAUUUUUAGAGUGUAUUAAUGAUAAAAAAUGAAAAAAAGGUCACGAGCCUGAUUUUCUUUUUUACUACCUCAUGUCUUAGGCUUGGUCUAUGCUAGAAAAGUUCGGCUGGUAUGAUUCUGUCAGUUAAGGGACUGUGCUACUAUUUUAACUGGCAUUGUGCUGGCAUAGGCUGUAGUGUGGAUGCAGUUAUACUUGGAGAAUUUGUUUGGCUCUCCAGUGUGGUGUAAAUGGUAUAAACGCUUCCAGACUGGUACUGCUGUGUCCACGUUGCUCAGGUUUUACCAUUGAGCUGUAAUGGCUAAAUGGCAAAGCCCUUUUUAUCCAGGCAAGCCCUGGCUGUAGUCUGUCCUGGUUUUAGAAAGUGAGUUGGGUCCAGGCAAGGUUGCUGUGCAGAUGUGGCAGUUGAUGCCAGAGCUGCAAAGCAUCAAAGGCAUCUGCCCUAAGGAUGGAGAGAGGGGACAAAGGUGGCAGGAGGCAUGCCAGAGCCAUAGGUCUAACUGUGUGUGUGUGUUAUAAAUUAACCUUUUAAUUUAAACGGAGAUUUUGUCCAGGGUAGUAUAAAGAAUUUUGUUGAUGAAAAAAGCAAUAUAAAAACUUUAAUAUUAUGUAAAUAUAUUUAAAAGAGGGAGACCUUCCAUUUCCCCACAUGUAUUUAGUGAGUCUGUAGGGUUGUUUCUUGUUAUGUUAGCACUUAAAACUUUUCUUUCUUUUUUUUUUUUUUUGAUUCAGUUUGUAGAGUGAAGUCAAACGUUUGAGUGCUGUUUCUGAUUAGUUGUUAUGUAUUGCAAUUGCUUCCUGUGUGUCUCUGGGCCUAAGUGUUUUUCAGCCCUUUUGAGAAAUUGGCAAAAAAAAAAAAAAAAAAAAAAAAAAAGAAAAAAGAAAAAAGAAAGAAAGAAAAAAGGAAAAAAAGCCCAACAAUGAGAACCGUGUGUCUCUUAUGAAAUACUGCAGGUCAAACACGGUGAUCUUUUGACUUGGCACUGAGCGUGAUGGUAGCCAGCACUUCUUAGUGAGGUGUGGGAGGAGUUGAUGGCUGUACAUGUGUGGCAGGUCUCUUGUACCCCGCUCACAGUCUCCUGCUAGAGCUGUGCUGGGAGGGUUGCUCUUGCCUGGUUAGCACCAGUUCCUACAGGUGCUUAAAGGAGCCGAAAAACGCCACUGAGACAAAUUCUGAAGUUCUGUGCCCAGCUGUGAAGAGCUGCCUCUGCCCUGCUGCCCCACUGUGGUCUCAAGGACCGUGCUGCCAAAGAAACACGUGUGUGGUGACUGGGGUGGCGGUGGGAGACACCGAUGUUGUACAUUGGCAGUGAGUGUGAGCAUGCUGAGCGCGGCCCGUCUGGAGAGAGGUGCGUGGAAGAUGGUCAUACACUGAGAAGACAGCUCGAUUUUUGUCAUCACCGUGGCAUCUGCAGACGUGUGCCUGUAGAAGGAGACUGGCCAGAAGGAACGUGUGAAAAUGUAUUCAAUUACACCAUCGUUUAUGUCACCAAACCACGUAUUUAUGUGUUGGCUUAGGAGUUUUUACAGAUCGGAGCCUUCCGUGGCAAGAUGGGGUAGCUGGGUAUGACUGGCCAUGAUGCCAUGAUGAUGUGACAGAUGUGUGUGUGAGGGCUACAAAGUCAAACCUGGGAAAGGAGUGAGGUGCAGCAGGUUCCUCUUUUCUGCCUCCUCCUUCAUGUCACCCUGCAUCUUGUAAGAACGCCUGGCUGGGUUUAUUUUCAUCGCUGCUAGCCACUGGGGAGCUUCAGACAGCUGUCACAAAGCAUGCAUGGCCUGCUGUGCCAGCGUGAGACCUGAGCACACAGCAAGGCUUGUGGCCUGCUCCUGUGUGAAUCUGCUGAGCUGUGUGGGGCACUGUUCCCUUCUGCCUUGCAUCCUUUUAUUUAUUUUUUUGGUAUCCAAAAUAAAACUAGUUGGGUCAAUGGAGAUGUCUCAGCAUUCUUUUAAAAAAAAAGAAAAAAAAAAAAAAAGAAAAAAAACCAAACCAACAAAGCCAUUGUUAGUCCUACUCAUUGUCUGUGAGAUUUUUAUUUAAUGUUCGAAGCUUGGAAUAUUGUUAAAUAAACCAGAAAAAAAUAUGUUA